AUGCGUCAGAAAGAUGAUCUUCAGUUUGCUCAACUUCUCAAUCGUCUUCGCUACAAUGCAAUGACAGCAGAAGACAUGAAUGUAAUACACAGAUGCAUGAUAACAGAAACAAGUGAGAAUUAUCCACAUCAUGCUCCUCAUCUCUUUACACAGAAUUCUAAAGUAGAUGCAUACAACAAUCAGUUGAUUGAAAAACUUGAAGGAGAAAAAGUCACAGUGAAUUCAGUGGAUACUGUUCUUAAGGAUUAUUCAAAGGAACUUAAGGAAAAGCUGCUGAGGUCUUUAUCCAAAGCAGAUGAUGUUAGCAAAACUGCUAAUUUGAUGCAAAAAUUGAUUCUUGCUGUUGGGAUGAUAUAUGAUAUCUCAGUCAACGUUGAUGUAUCAGAUGGUUUAACAAAUGGGUCAUCAUGUAAGGUAGAAUUAAUUGAAAGGAGAAUGGAAGGCAUAUUGAGACCAAGCAUUGUUUGGGUAAAUUUUUUAGACUCUGCUAUUGGAAAAACAACUCGCAAGAAAUACAAACAUUUGUUUCAUGAUGGAAUUACUGAGGACUGGACACCAAUUUUUGAAGUUCAGCGGUCUUUUGUAUUGAAUUACAAUACUUUUCAGAGGAUUCAAUUUCCAUUACGGCCAGCUGCAGGGAAGACAGUUCAUAAAGCCCAAGGUUGCACUGUUGAUGAAAUUGUAAUUGAUUUGUCUCAGACUAAAGUAAGGAAAAAUCCACAUAUUCACUAUGUAGCACUAAGCCGGGUACGUUCAGUAGAUCAUCUGCACAUCCUAAACUUCAAUGAGCAGGCAUUAGCUAUGGAUGACCAAGUGGUAGAGGAAAUGGAAAGAAUGAAAAAAGAAGCACCACUACAACUUUGUUAUGUCCCAUUAUACCAGGUUGAUUUGCAUUCUUUCAAAAUUGCUUUCAACAAUUGUAGAUCACUUCAUAAACACUUCCCACAAAUUCAUAAUGAACCAAAUAUUGUUGCAUCAGAUGUAGUUGGAUUCUCAGAGACAAGAUUAACUAGUGCAGAUAUAGCAGAAAAUUAUCAACUACAGGGAUACACUGCAGUAUUUAACCAUGAGAGUACAGAUAAUCUGGACAGACGCCCAUAUCAUGGAACAGCAAUAUAUGUGAAAAAUGAUUACAAAACAACCUGCAUCUCAAAGUGGAACAGUGGUUCUAUGGAGUUCAUCAUUAUACAUGCACAAUUAAACCAAAGUAGAGACGUCCAAGUUGUACUUAUUUACAAAUAUCCAUCUUGCUCUUUUGGGGAUUUUAAACAAAAUGUGGAAAUGCAUAUAAAACCCUUGAUUGAUGACCAGAAAGAUUUGGUAUUCUUAGGAGAUUUUAAUUUUGAUUUGUUUGCUGGGCAUACAGACUUUCUAACAUUUAUGGAGAAGGGCUUUAAUUGUAAACAAAUUGUGCAUAAGACUACUCAUGACUCUGGUUCUAAACUUGACUUGAUUUUUACAAACAUUUCCCCAUGUCGAACAGAUGUGAUUGAAGCAUACUGGUCAGAUCAUAAAAUGGUGAUAUUGUACUAUGAUGAUAGAGAUUAUCAUGAUCUUCAGCUAAUUACAGUCAACAAGAUUCAGGCCAUUGGAGUUAGCAGUAUAAUUUUAGCAGGAUUGCAGGAUUUAAGUGGCUUAAAACGGAGUGUCGCGACGCUUCUAGCGUUAGCAGCCAUCGUUUUAGUAUUAGGAGCCCCAGAUAACAGAGGAACUGAGUUUAUCAUUGGUUUUAUGGAAAACAAUGGCGUCUCUAUAAAUGUGGAGCUCUUUGUCACCACCUCCCGCACCACCACAGUCAGUGUGACAGUGGACUCCCCCAAAUGUACUAACCCCAGGAUUUCCGAGUCCUUCAGUGUCACAGCAGGGCAGGUCAAACAGCUGUUUUUCAGUCCAAGCAUCAGAAUGGCGGGAUCUAGUAAGUCCAGUAAAGGCAUCCGAGUUAAGGCCUCUGACGAAGUGGUCAUUUACGGCGUCAACAAGGAGCGCUACUCCUGUGACGGCUUCGUCGGUCUACCAAUAGAUGUACUAUCCGAUGAGUACUACCUGGUCACGUGGUAUCCUCCUUCAAAGCAGAGUGAACUGUUAGUGGUGGGUGUUCAGGACUCUACUUCCGUCAGCAUUACAGUAACUCAGCACAUUGGGAGUAAAUACAUUAACUAUGCAGGAAAAAAUUACUAUAAAGGAAAUGUAAUAAAGGAAACCAUUCAUAAAUACGAUACUUGGCACUUGGUCACGAGUGGUGACCUCACUGGAAGUUACGUCAAAUCAACUAAGCCUGUGUCCGUCUUCUCCGGGAACAGGAAAACAAAUAUUGGGCGUGGUGGGUCUUCUGACCACUUAGUUGAACAAAUGUUUCCUGUCAACACCUGGGGAAAAACCUUUGCUACAGUUCCCAUACCCAAGCGAACCGUUGGAGAUUAUUUCAAGUUUAUUGCUAGCGAAGACAUCACCAAAGUAACGAUCUCAGGUGGAUAUAGUUCAUCUUUUACAAUCAGCAAGGCGGGAUACAUGGUGCAGAAACUGAUUUCUUCUAAGGCUUAUUGCAAAAUUGUGGCAGACAAACCUAUCAUGGUGGUCCAAUUUGUCCAAUCCCAGCAGAGUUCCUCCGAGAAAUCUGACCCUGCUAUGAUGAUUAUCCCCCCUGUUGAACAAUACGGUGCCGAUUACACUUUCACGACUCCAAAAUACUCACUCGGUUCUUAUAAUAACUACUUCAUGUUCAUCAUAGAAGAAAGCAAAGCAUCUGGAUUAAGAAUCGACGGAAAAAAUUUUCCAACAAACACCAAAUUUAAUAAAAUCUCAGGAACCAAUCUGAUUGGAGGUUAUAUAUCUAUCUCGGAGGGAACCCACACCGUCAGACACACCUCUCCAAUCGCCAUCUUUGGAGGUUUCCUGUAUGGGCAGGCAAAUUACGAGACUUAUGGAUUCACAACUGGUAUGCGAAUGGCCAAAGUUAACGCUAUUUGUAUUCCUACGCCGACUGUGACGGGUGACGGUAUUGACAAUGAUUGUGACGGCAAGAUUGACGAGGAACUGUGUACACCGGAAAACAAAAAUAAAGAUGAUGACGGCGAUGGAAAGAUUAACGAAGACUGCGCUAAACCUCCACCAGUUGACGGUAGCUGGGCUAGUUGGACUUCAUAUGGUGCAUGCUCAGUGACAUGUCAACCUACUUCUGGCACGGUAACUGGAACUAAAACUCGAACUCGAACCUGUUCCAAUCCGGCCCCUGCCUACGAUGGGAAACAAUGUGCUGGUCCAGGGACUCAAACUUCGUCUUGCUCGCCAACCAAUCCCUGCAGAGUGGACGGAAAUUGGGGAUCCUGGGGGUCAUACGGUGCAUGCUCAGUGACCUGCGGAAGUGGUUCAAAAUCCCGCUCAAGAUCUUGUAACAAUCCUGCCCCAGCAGGAGGCGGAAGUUACUGUGCUGGAAGUUCUACAUCAACUGCAACAUGUACACUGUCUGCUUGUCCAAUUGACGGUAAAUGGGGCUCUUGGGGAUCGUAUGGGUCCUGUUCUAAAACUUGUGGUGGAGGGACACAAUCAAGAAGUCGGUCCUGCUCUAACCCCGCCCCUCAACAUGGCGGAAAAUCUUGCCCUGGAUCCACUUCUUCAUCUCAAAAUUGUAACACUCAUAACUGUCCAAUUGAUGGAAACUGGGCAUCUUGGGGUUCUUACGGUGCAUGCUCCUUAACUUGUGGUGGGGGUGUCCAAUCACGAAGCAGAACGUGUACAAACCCCGCCCCUCAGUAUCAAGGAAAGAGUUGUUCCGGAUCAAGUACAUCCUCUCGAAGUUGCAACACACAUAACUGCCCAAUUGACGGUUUCUGGGCUGGCUGGGGAUCUUGGGCUACCUGUACAGAGACUUGUGGAGGCGGAGUCCAAUCUCGAUCCCGAUCUUGUAGUAACCCCACUCCACAAUAUGGCGGAGCUUAUUGUUCAGGGUUUUCAUCCGACACUCAAAGAUGCAAUACGCACAACUGUCCAAUACAUGGAGGCUGGGGAUCGUGGGGCUCCUGGGGUACAUGUACCGUGACUUGUGGGGGAGGUUCACAGAGGCGUUCACGAAGCUGUUCUAACCCCACCCCUCAAUAUGGCGGUCUGACGUGCCCCGGAUCUUCGUCCUCCAGUCAGUCCUGUAACACUCAGAACUGUCCUAUUGAUGGUGGUUUCUCUAACUGGGGAACAUGGGGCACCUGCACCGUAACUUGUGGCGGAGGAACACAGGUGCGCAGGCGCAGUUGUUCUAAUCCUGCUCCACAGUAUGGCGGUGCACUCUGUUCAGGGGCGAUAAGCCAAAAUCAAAACUGUAACACACAAGUCUGUAUCAUCGACGGUGCCUGGAGUCAGUGGGGCGCCUGGGGAACCUGCUCUGUAUCAUGUGGUGGCGGGAAACGGUCACGUGCUCGCACCUGUACCGAUCCUAAACCAGCUAAUGGCGGUAAAAGCUGUUUGGGUGAUUCUAGUGUGUUGGAGGAUUGUAAUAGUCAAGCCUGUCCCACUCCGGCCGCCGGAGCCUAUGUACAGUUGUGUCCUACCGGAUGGUUUACGUGCCAGUCAGGUGGUAUAACGUGCAUAGACAAAACGUUCAUGUGUGACUGCGCAUCAGACUGCGACGACGGAAGUGACGAAUCAACAGGUUAUGCCGGAUGUUCUGGCGCAGUUAUAGCAAUGUGUGAAGAAAACAGUUCUGGUACGCUGCUGAUUUCGCCUUUGGCUUUCCUAACCCUGCUCAUAGCUUUGAUUUUCAACAUACUCCAUUAAUUGUACCCCUGAACAACUGAUAUAUGGA